AUUCGUAUAGUCUAUGUCAUUAGCGGUUUAGGCGUUUAAAGAGUUAUGGGUUUGUAACGAUUGCGCAUUCCAAACCGGAUUCUUAUUGGGCACCAUCCACAAAAGCUCAGCCUUUGCGAAUCGGAUUAUUCCCCGGGAUUAGUAACAUAGUACUGGAACCUUACCGUAAAGAUAGGCCUCGGAGUCACAGGGGUGCCUCGAGGCCUUUUUCAAAGUGAGAAAGACGAUAUGCACAAUGUGCAAGAUAAUCACUUUCCAGGCGAUGGCUCCCAAAAGAGACCAAAAAAUUUACACGAAUACGAACAGAGGACACAAUGUGCGAUAUAUGGCAGUAAGCUGUCUUUGCCAAGACUGCCGCAUCUGUUGUGUACAAAGAUUACAUACGAGGCUAUAACCGCAGCAUAACACCCCGCUUUCGGA